AUGUCUGCCAGUACAGCUGAAGCGCUUAUAUUGCAGCACCCGACUAAUUCAGUCAACAACCCUCUGUAUGUGACCGGAUCUGAUAAGGCGUGGGCUCGUGAUUAUGAGCCCAUCAAAAGGGUCAUAACCCAUACGUUUGUUGGUUCAGACGGCAUCACUUACGCUAACUUCGAGGACGCGUUCCUUGGACUACAUGAUGAUGAUGCUUUGCGGUUCCGUCAACCGGCGGUCCCUCCAAAUAAUCGCCAUUGGAGACUUGAAUCAGAGGCUGACUGUGAAAAUUGGUUCAACACUGAGAUAACCAACGUAGUCCUCUCUGCGUGGCAUAGCUACCCACCGAUGACGCAGACAUCUCACACAAAACCCCUUUUAGAACAGAACACGCCUGAAAAUGUCGACUCUACAUUUUCUGUCAAAUUCGGCCAACAAAGGCGCACUGUGGCUAUAGGGGAGAUCAAACGCAAUCUCAUCGAUACGGCAGAUUGGCAAAGAGGGUCCAUUACUGCUGCCAGUCAGAGGAAGCUGUCACAAGAGCUGAGGGGCGCUCAGAUAUGA